GUGUGCUAAGAGGCCCGUUACCUGCGACACUCUGGGCUUGUACCAUGUUUAUAUCCUUCAUGUUCCGGUAUCUAAACGAGUACACGGGGCUAUCCAGGCCUGGAGUGCUGGGCUUUGGUUGUCUAUAUCUCGAGUUUGAAAAGGAUAAGGUCAAUAAUGGCGGCGGAGGUGGAGGUGGAGCUGGAGGGCGAUGAGUACCCAGCGCAUUACAAAGUCAUGAUGGACAAACUUAAUGAACAACGGCAGCUAGACCAGUUCACGGACAUUACCUUGAUUGUGGAUGGACAUCAGUUCAGAGCCCACAAAGCAGUGUUGGCAGCAUGCAGUCAGUUUUUCCAUAAGUUCUUUCAGGAUUUUACCCAAGAGCCACUGGUGGAGAUAGAAGGAGUGAGUAACACAGCCUUUCGCCAACUGAUGGAGUUCACUUACACAGCAACAUUAGUUGUAGUUGGAGAGGAGGAUGCCUUUGACGUCUGGAAGGCUGCAGAAUACCUCCAGAUGCAGGAGGCCAUCAAAGCGCUCAACAAUAAGAUACAUGAAAAUCCAUCGCUGACGGCAAAGAGCAAAGGCAAAAAGAGGAAAAUAGCUGAGACAUCCAAUGUGAUUACAGAAACCCUCCCUUCAGUGGAAGGGGAACAGAUGGAGAUUGAGGUAAUAGGGGAAGGGGCCAUCGAAGUGGAGGAGACUGGACUGGAGGAGGUGGUGGAUGCAGCGAGGAAUGCUCAGGCUUCAGAUGACUCUGCUUUGGCCCUUCUGGCUGACAUAACCAGCAAGUAUCAACAAGGGGAACCUGCGCUACAUAUCAUUAGGAAGGGAGGAAUAGAGGAGGAGGUUGUGUAUCAGGAGGAAACAGUGACUGCCUCAAAAGUGUUGGAGAAUGUCGAGGUCGUAGAAGUCCAGAUUUCCCAAGUGGACAACAUGUUUCGCUGCAACAAGUGUGAUCGAAGCUUCAAGUUAUACUACCACCUGAAACAGCACUUGAAAACACACCUGGGCUCGCUGGAAAAAACCCACGUGUGCGACCACUGCGGGAAAGCCUACACGCGAGAAGGCGCCUUGAAGCAGCACAUCAACACGUUUCAUUUUGAAGCAGAAGAGCUGUCUCAAAACCAGAAACCCCAGAAGAAAGUACAUGUUUGUGAAUACUGUAAAAAGCACUUUGACCACUUCGGCCACUUUAAGGAGCACUUGCGGAAGCACACUGGUGAAAAACCUUACGAGUGUCCAGCUUGCCAUGAGCGAUUUGCAAGGAACAGCACACUGAAGUGCCAUAUGGCAGCCUGUCAGGAUGGGGCCGGAGCCAAGAAGGGACGCAAGAAACUCUACGAAUGCCAGGUCUGCAGUAGUGUAUUCAAUAGAUGGGACGAGUUCAAGGACCAUCUUGUGAGCCACACAGGCGACAAGCCAAACCACUGCACCAUGUGUGACCUGUGGUUUACCCACCCCAAAGAACUAAAGACCCACCUCAAACACAUGCACUCCAUUGAGGACGACAAAUCAAUAGAAGAAGUAGUCAUCACCGACUCUGUCGCCGCACUCGCCAUCGCAACCCAGAGCAUAGAAGGGACGGAAGCUGUCCUGCUGGAUGACGGGAUCCAGGUGGAACACGUCACAGUGGAGCCCGUGGACGUGAUGGAGAUGGAGGAGACUACGACAAUGUUGGUGGAGGACGGAGGGGUGACGGAGAUGUGUGAGGAGGACGUGGAAAGAUUAAAGCAGGCCGGGGUGCAAAUCCAGGUGGUGCAUGUGACCACAACUGAAGUGGAUGGGCAGCAGGUGGUGAACUCUCAGGUGGAGGUUGAGGUGGAGGGUGAAAUGGUGAGCGUUGAAGCAGAACAAGCAGGGGAGGCAUGAGAAUGUGGACAGGACAGUGUUUUACAAGACCUGCAGGACACACUUUGAGUGCUGAACGACUUUCCUUUAGCUGACUUGUUUUCCAUAAAGGACGCGAC